AGACGUUGCGUAGACGUGUUGCGUGGUGCAACGUGGUGUGUGCACGUGCGUGUUAAUGAGUGAAUAUAGAGAGAAGAGAAGGGAAGGAUAGAAAUACGGCUCCAAUUGAAUACACACAUUCUCGUCCGCCCACGCGUGUUUAUUUAUUUACUCGGGAAGCCGCGGCAUGAGGACCACCGAGGUCUGACGUUUACAGCCGAAAGUGCAUCCUCCCUCAUUGUGCUCAUCGUCGUGGUGGCGAAUUUCUUCGGCCACCGCGAGCAAUGCAGUCGUCGAUGGAGCUCCGAGAAUGCGUGCACAAACCGUGGAUGCAGCCGGGAGCCGGCAGCGGAGGAGCCCACACGGGCGGGACAGGUGACGAUGAGGCCCCGAAGGACCCGGGCGCGCGGAUCACCCAUCAGUCUUACACGGAAAAGGAUUAUGAAGGUCACAGGGCGCACACGGUGUACGUGGGCGUGCAUUUGCCAGGGGAGAGGAGACAUCGCCGGCACCAUACACAUCAUUCACAACGGCUGUACCCCUGCGGUAAAGACGAUGUCGACAACGAGAGACCAAGACAAUUGUUGAUGGCGCGUAGGGGUCGUCUCGCUAGCAUCUGCGACCCCGCCGGCGAGAUGAUAUUCACUCCACCAGCCCAGAGAGUACAGUUUAUCCUCGGCGAGGAAGUCGGCGACGAUGCGCACGAAUCGCAUCCGCUCUUCUCGGAGAUGGAGGAGCUAGUCAAGGAUGGCGAUGAGAUGGAAUGGAAGGAGACGGCGAGAUGGAUCAAGUUUGAGGAGGAUGUCGAGGAAGGUGGAAAUAGGUGGAGCAAACCUCACGUUGCCACAUUAUCGCUGCACUCACUCUUCGAGUUGAGGAGUCUCCUUUUAAAUGGAACCGUCAUGCUCGAUAUGGAAGCGGCCAGUUUGGAGCAGAUAGCUGAUCUGGUUCUCGAUAACAUGAUUAAUAAAGGAGUACUGCCGCUUGAGUUGCGAGAAAAGGUGAAAGAAGCUCUUCUCGUGAGACAUCGGCACCAGCACGAAAGACGUAAAGACAAUAACAUGUCGAAGUUACCGAUCAUAAGAUCGUUAGCUGAGAUAGGACGCAAUCAUUCCUCUUCAAAAAAUUGCGACUGUUCAUGUGGUAUGCAUGCCUUGUUGACGUCAGAUUUGCAGGAUCGUCGCGAUCCGAAAGAGGCCUAUGUACUCUCCUCCGUUGCCCGUAGCAGCAGCUGCCCGAACUCGAACACAGCGCCGUUGUCGAAAGAGGCGAAAGACCUCAAAGGGCCGUACCUUCUGGUUCCAGGCCAAGAACCAGGCAGCAACGGUAUGGACCGAAGUCCCAGCAGCGUGUCCAUCAGCAGGAAUCACAGUUCUUCAGCAUUGGAGAACGGAGAUGCUAAUCACAAGGGUAAUACGCACUUUAUGAGAAAGAUACCACCUGGCGCCGAGACAAGCAACAUACUCGUGGGUGAGGUCGAUUUCCUCGACAAGACUUUGUCCGCAUUCAUCCGAUUAAGCCAGGCUGGAAUAAUGGGUGACCUGACAGAGGUUCCUGUCCCGACGAGAUUCAUCUUCGUUCUUCUAGGACCCCUGGGAGGGAUUUCGGGUUUCCACGAGAUCGGUCGGGCUAUGGCGACCUUGAUGUCCGACGAAGUCUUCCACGACGUGGCUUACAAAGCGAAAAACAGAAAUCAUCUUUUAGCUGGCAUCGACGAGUUCCUGGAUGCCGUGACGGUUUUACCACCCGGUGAAUGGGAUCCGGCAAUCCGAAUAGAACCGCCAGCAGCUAUACCAUCACAGGAAGUCAGGAAAAGACCGAAGGAGGAAAAGCCUAAGGAAGACUUCGACGAGGAGGCUGACGACCAGAAGCUGAGGGAGGAGUCCGGUCUUUCGAGAACCGGAAGACUAUUCGGUGGAUUGAUCAACGAUGUUAAGAGGAAAGCCCCGUUUUAUUUUUCCGAUUUCAAAGACGCCCUGGCGCUUCAAUGCGUGGCUUCUUUCAUCUUCUUGUACUUCGCCUGCUUAUCGCCCAUAAUCACCUUCGGUGGACUCCUCAGCGAGGCUACCGGAAAGAACAUGGCCGCGAUGGAGUCGCUGGUUUCCGGUUUCGUUUGCGGAAUAGGAUAUGGCUUCUUUUCCGGCCAGCCGUUGACUAUACUCGGUUCUACCGGUCCGGUUUUAGUUUUCGAAACAAUCGUCUACGAAUUCUGCAGAAAGAUCGACUGGAGUUACAUGUCCUUUCGCUUCUGGAUCGGCACAUGGAUCGCCUUUAUUUUGCUCAUUCUCGUGGCUCUUGACGCAAGUGCUUGCGUCUGUUAUAUUACUCGAUUUACUGAAGAGAACUUCGCCACUCUCAUCGCUUUCAUCUUUAUUUACAAGGCUAUCGAGAAUGUGUUGUCGAUCGGCAAGAAAUUUCCUCUGAACACCUCUUCGAGCGGAACGUUGGGCUACGAUUGCUGGUGCAAACCACCAAACAUCAGUCUGCCAUCCAGUUAUGACAAUAUGAAUUGGACGACGUUGGAUAAAACAGCUUGCGAGAAUUACAAUGGUACGAUGGUGGGCGACGCCUGCAACGCACCGCAUUAUGUACCCAAUGUGUUCCUCAUGUCAAUUAUUCUAUUCAUGGGCACAUUCUUAUUAUCAGUCGAGCUCAAGGAUUUCAAGAACGCCUUAUUCUUUCCCUCAAAGGUAAGACAAGUGGUGAGCGACUUUGCAGUAAUAAUCGCAAUAUUCUCUAUGAGCACACUGGACCAUUUCGUGGGCAUUCCAACACCGAAGCUGGAGGUACCAACGGAGUUCAAACCAACCUUAGAGGGACGAGGAUGGAUAAUCUCGCCUUUUCAGCAGAAUCCGUUGUGGAGUGCCAUCGUCGCAUGUCCCCCAGCUUUAUUGGGCACUAUAUUGAUCUUCAUGGAUCAGCAAAUCACAGCCGUUAUUGUUAAUAGAAAAGAGAACAAAUUAAAGAAAGGAUGCGGAUAUCACUUGGACCUCUUUAUCUUGGCGAUUCUAAUCGAGAUAUGCUCGGUGAUGGGACUUCCAUGGUUCGUCGCAGCGACGGUUCUCUCCAUAAAUCACGUGAAUUCCUUGAAGUUGGAGUCCGAGUGCGCCGCUCCGGGUGAGAAGCCGCAGUUUUUAGGUGUCCGCGAGCAGAGGGUUACUCACGUGUUGAUUUUCUUGAUGAUCGGAUGCUCGGUGUUCCUAACACCGAUGUUGAGGAACAUACCGAUGCCGGUGUUGUUCGGUGUCUUCCUGUAUAUGGGCGUCGCGUCGCUGAAGGGUCUUCAGUUCUUCGAUAGAAUUUUGAUUAUGCUGAUGCCUGUCAAGUAUCAGCCAGACUACAUGUUCCUUCGCCAGGUGCCAUUGAAGCGCGUACAUAUGUUCACUGCGAUCCAGCUCACUUGCCUCGCCUGCUUGUGGCUUAUAAAAUCUUUCAGUACUACUUCCAUCCUAUUUCCUUUAAUGCUCGUGGUAAUGAUCGGUAUACGUAAGUCCUUGGACCUGAUGUUUACGCAACGCGAGUUGAAGAUCCUCGACGACGUAAUGCCGGAAACGAGUAAGAAACACGCGGACGAUCUUCGCAAGCUGGAGAACGGCGAGGAGGAGCAUCCGAACGAGACGAUGGGAUAUGGACCACCGGGAAAUAUUCAAAUUUCUCUGGCUAAUGGGAACAUCAUGAAAAUUCCUCUGACUAGUAUCAAUAUCAGCGAGGAGGUGAAUAAGACCGGUAUCUGGCAACAGGUCAACGAAGGCAAUGAAAAGUCGAAGCAAUCGAAAUCACUAAUCAAUGUGGGAAAACAGAAGAAACCGAAGAAGGACAACUCCCUGGUGACCGACGAGACAACGAGACUGACGACGAUGACCGAAGAGGACGAGGAUGACAGUGGGAUCUCGAUCAAGGUGACAAACGUAGAUUUAAUUCGAUCCAAGGAAAGCAUCAGUCCUUUAAAAGCAAAUGGUACUACCUCAGCCGAAACUUCCGUUUAAUAAGAAGACAACAGAAGUGAACAUAUGUUAGAGUAUAGUAUGAAAUUCUUUAAUUACAAUCAUUUAAUGUCGACACUAUUGCUCUCUACAUUUUGAUCUCAUGAAUCGCCAAUGAACUGACAAAAAAUAAUAGAUUGAUCACCUAAUUUCAUCAUCUAAUUUAUGAAAUACGAUUAUCCUCAUCCAAAGGAAUAUUUAUAAAGGAAAAUGCAUACCUAUCAUUUUAUCUCCUUGUAUUAUAUUUAUACUACAUUUAGCAGACAAUGCGUACGUCGAUUUGCGCGAUAUUCUAUACAAUUUAUACUCAACUGUAAAUGAGAUUCUCACCACACACAUUUUCCCAAUGUAUAUAGAAACAAUUCAACAAGAUUCGUCAAUAGUGUCCAAUUGUGAUUUUAUGAAACCUUUUUCUCUCACUCUCUUGAGUUUGAUAAUGCAGGUUGUUAAAACCAUUGUCGAAUUGUGGCUGAUUCAUGUAAAAAUAAUUGCAAAAGUAUGUGGAAAUAGAAGCGAUGAUGUAUAUCUAUAUUCUUUCAGGUAAUUAUUCAACAAACAAUUCUUUUUUUUUUCAUUAAUUUUACGAGUGAAUUGUACGAGCAACUCAAAAAAGCAACUGAAAAAAAACCGAUUCUAAAAUUCGAAAAAAUGCUUUGAAGUAAUAAAAACGUAGAAUAGAAUGUUUCUACGUUAAGUAACGGCAGAAAAAGUAAAAAAAAAUCUUAUAUACCAUAUAUCUUCUUU